GAUCUUGGGGCAUCUUCGUGGCUGCGUGUGACGACGUUGCCACGAAGAAGAAGAAGAAGAAGAUGGAUUACCGGAACAAGCUUGUUCUUGCUCCCAUGGUCCGUGUGGGAACGCUCUCUUUCCGAAUGUUGGCGGCUGAGUACGGCGCCGACAUUACAUACGGAGAAGAGAUUAUCGAUCAUAAGCUUGUUAAAUGCCAACGCCGAAUCAACGUUGCUUCCGGGACAACAGAGUUUGUGGAGAAAGGGACAGAGAAUGUCGUCUUUAGCACAUGUGAUGAAGAAAGAGAAAGAGUUGUUUUUCAAAUGGGAACUUCUGAUGCUGUUAGGGCUCUCAAAGCUGCUGAGAUUGUGUGCAAUGAUGUUGCAGCUGUUGAUAUUAACAUGGGUUGCCCCAAGGCUUUCUCUAUUCAAGGAGGAAUGGGUGCUGCUCUGUUAAGUAAACCCGAGCUCAUUCAUGAUAUUCUAGCUACACUUAAGAGGAACUUAGACGUACCUGUUACUUGCAAGAUUCGUCUAUUAAAAUCACCAGCGGAUACUGUUGAAUUGGCUAGGAGAAUCGAGAAACUUGGUGUACCAGCUCUUGCUGUACAUGGGAGGAAAGUUGCAGACAGGCCAAGAGAUCCUGCUAAAUGGGACGAGAUAGCAGAUGUAGUUGCCGCAUUGUCCAUUCCCGUUAUUGCAAAUGGAGAUGUUUUAGAAUACGAUGAUUUCUCUCGCAUUAAAACUGCUACAGGCGCUGCAUCGGUGAUGGUUGCAAGAGGGGCUAUGUGGAAUGCUUCAAUUUUCUCUCCCAAAGGGAAGUCACACUGGGAAGAUGUGAAAAAUAAAUACAUUAGAAAGAGCAUCUUGUGGAAUAACGAUGUUAAGAGCACAAAAUACACGAUAAAGGAGAUGAUAGCGCAUCAUUCUUGUCUUGAAUUAGCAGAAGGAAAGUCUCUCAACAAAGCAGACACUUUGGCAGAUAUAGCGAAGCUUUACGAGUUGGAAGAUUACUAUUGGACAGUGAAGAACAUUCGUCCCCUGACACAUGACUUGGAUUAUGUUUUGUGAUACUUAAACAAAAUGCAUUUUCUUUCCAAUCUUCGUGUAAUCCCAUUUUUAUGUUUUAUAUAAAGAGGUAUCCCAUUGUUUUUAAACGAAAUUCGAAUCUUAGUGUACUGGAAGCAACUACACUAUCACAAAUACAUAAUCAUGCAUUCUCUUCA